AUGUCGAAUUCUACAUCCGAAAUUUCGGAGAAUGGUCUCUUGGAUGAAUGGACUAUUUUGGCUCUUAUAUAUUUGAAAGAGAACUGGAUAGCGAUUUUCACUGCACUUAUUGUCACAGUUUUAGUAGUGACUAUGUUCAACAAAAUAGUUUCUCCGUACUUUCAUGAAACUUACAAGCGGUUGUUGUUCUAUGACUCAGCAUUAGACCAUUUAAAGGAUGUAUUAGAAAUGGAUUACGACGUUCUUUGGAAUCAGCCAGAAUUUUGCCUUGCUUUUUUAAAGUUCCAUGAAGCGUAUCAGACAUUUGUAUCAGUUGCCCGAUCUGACUACAGCGGGAAAAUUUCCAAAGUCUCUCGUUAUAAUAAAUACACCAUCAUAGAACUACAUUAA